GAGGAAAUACUCUUUUUCAUCUGAGCACCACCAAUUAGAAUCGCUGAUCAGAUACAUUCUUUCAAUAUAGCUUUUGCUUCAUCAGAAAAUAAACAUUAAAUACAUUAUUUUACUCAAGCAGCCAGCACAUGAAAAAAGCAAAUUGCAGUUCACCCCACACAGUCAAAAAGGUUGUGUAACAUUCACAGUAGUUACUGACCCUUCAAAUAACACUUAGGGAAAGUCAUCCAAUGGCAUCUGUCACAGAGGAUUCUGGUCCAUGCUGUGACUGCUAAGCAGACUCCCAUCCUGGGAAGGAGGAGCCGCCCCUACUCUGUCCACUUGUCAUCCAUGAAAUCCCUUCAAUUCCAUCUGCACCCGGCUUCCAAGCCAACAUCUGCUGCCAACAUUUGUGGCAGAUCACCUCAGCCCGCUGCUUCGGGUCCAACCAUUGCAAUAGCCCUGGAUGUCCCCUGUUCAGCCCUUCCCAAAACACUAUCAAAACAUCUGGCUUUGCACCAACACUCCUCACAAACACUCCAACACAUGUUUUUCUUUACUGUCAAAGUGUUCAGAACAGACAUCAACAUUCCUUCUGUGUCCUAUGUUUCAGCUCUGAGAAGUUGGUUGUGUAGAAAACAGAGGGAAGAAAAGAUCACUAUUCUCUAAGCUGCUAAUUAGUAACAGACCAGCCGAGCUGGAGCCUGGAAAUUCAGGGCUGGUUUUGCAGCCACUUGGCCUGCUUAUUCACUAUAACAGAAAUGGCACUAAAAACAAAUAAAUUUCCUAAGCCAAAUGUUUGUGCAGAAUUACUGCCCCUGAUUAUUAUUUUUUUUCCAUGCACGCAGGAAACUUCCAAUCUUCUUGAAACCAUGGCCAGCUGCUCAGGACACCAUUAUUGCUGUUUUACCUCCCAGCAGCUCCAGUGGCCAGCAUUUGCUUUAGAGGAGCACUUUCUGACACAUAUCAAGGCACAGCCGCAGGUCACAGGAUGAAAAAGACAUCCUUUGUUUGCAGGCUCCUGAGCCUUGUUGUUUUCUUUCAGGUUGACUCACAGCAAAUGUUCCAAAGUGACUCAGAAACAGCCAAUAUUUAAUUACGAAGACAUUCUGUGCAAGCAUCUGAGGUUCAGCAACUUAAGAUGGUGCUGCUGAUAACAAUAACUUUGCACUUAUAGCCACUCUCACUCAAGAAUCUCAGGGUAGUUUCAGCAUUACUCUGUUAAGCUGGCUGAAGGGGUAUCAGAAAAAAACAUCAGAAGCAGGACCCUCUGCCCAGCUUGGGAGAAGUUUGGAUGUGAUCCAGGUCUACUUUGCUUCACAUUGUUUAUAAUUUAAAAUUCCUAAUACCUCCUGAAGGCAAGAUUUACGUGCAACAGAGCUGCGCUGGUAGUAAGCUGCAUAAUGCCUUCUUUGGCAGUGUUAGGACUGCAGUUGUUUUGAAUGUACGAAAUGAGACAUCCUGUUCCCAACAAGAUUUUUAGUUUUGAUCUUUCACAGGGCAAAACUCUGGGAAACUGCUGGAAAGCACAGACAGUAAGACUGCCAUUCACUUCAAAGAGGUCAGAAUUGGGACUAAAGACAGGAAUAACCUUUUUCAGCUCAAGUCUUUUUUUGAGAAAUUAGGUGUGUUUUCCCAAAUUUCAGCUUAGUCUCUGCUCAGCAUCGUUAGAGCUCCUGGGGUGCCUCAUAGGCUACACCUGUGCUUCCAACAGAGCCUUCAUCUCAGCUGAGCUAAAGGAAAGUGACAAAAAACAGCACAUACAUCAACCACGUUCCUCCAGCAGAUUGCUCCUCUUUCAUUCACCUUCUCCUUGGUGCCAGCAUAGAGUACAGAAGCAGCACAGCCUGUAUUGUAUUCUAUUUUUGUUUUAUUAUUUAUUUAUUUUCCUGGGACUGCUUCUUGUUCUGUUGUCAGUAUAAUCACAGCUGUUCUUGUUCUGAAACAUUCAACAAAGUCCCAGGUGCUUGUUGGAUGGAGAUGAUAAUUAAGGUACUGUUUUGUGAAAGAAGUCUUGCUUUAAGAUAAGCAGCUCCUCAAGCGUUUGGACUUCAGGAGAGGCUGUGUCACAGUAAAUCAUAGGGCUGUUAUUUGAAAGCAAACUCCUCUCUUUUGGCAGCCUGAGGAGCUCUGGAGGUGCUGCAUUCAGUCAGCUCGGCUCUCUGGGAGGUGCUUCCAGGACAAUGUGUGGUUCAGAGCUCACAAUGGCUCCUGCUGAGCAGCCUCCCUACUGAUUCACAGCAAAUUUUACAUCAAGAAGUUCCUCUAGUCUCUUACAUUGGUUGGAGGAGGUAUGGGACUCUUUGCACUCUCACUUGUAAGUCACGUGGGUUAGGUAGUAUAAAGCCAUUGGCAAUGCACCAGCUGAGUAGUGAGGAGAAAAUCCAUCCAUGUAACUCCUUAGAAAAAGGACAAUUUCCCAAGUGGGCUCGGGGGAAGGUGUGAAGCCAAGAGAAAGCUUUUGUGGGUGUACAGCUGGCGCAGCUGAGUUAGACCUAAUGUAGGAUGUCUGGCUUCCUCCUCCCCAAAAAGCAAAGGAGAAAGAGGCAGCAGGAUCCUUGAAAACAACAACUGGAAGUUUGGAUGUUGGACAGAGAAGGCAGCAGCUGUGUAAUUUUGCAUAUGAAAGCAAUUUAGGAGGUUUUUGCUCAUUCUUGUAUCAUAGCACAUCUUUUUGUGCUACUGCUGUAGCUACAAUUUGGCUGCACUCUGAAAUGGAUCAGCAGGAGGUGCGGGUCAUUAAAAAAUCCUUGAUCAGGCACAGCAGUGGCAUUCAUCCAGACCCCUCCUUAAGGAGAUGUGUAGAUCCAGGCUGAGAGGUCCGCAGCCUCUUGCAGCCACCUCCAAGCGCCAGCAGCUAGGUGUGCACACCUCUGCAGGGACAAACGUGAGGUGCAGGCGUGCUGCUGGGCUGCUUCCAGCCCACAGACCCUUGCUGGUGCCUGGUUUCAGAGCACCAGAAUGAACAUUGCUGCUUGCCAGUCGAGUCAUUUGGAGCACAGACAGCUAUUCUGGGGGUAGGACUCAGUCUGAUAAUGGUGCCAUUAUCAACAUUUUACACUUUUUGCCUUAUGGAGCAUGUGGUGCCUCUAUCCCUGCUUUUGGAGAUAUGGGGCUCCUGGAUCAUUCAUGAGCAUGAUUUGAGCAUCUGAAUUUGAAAGAAAGUAGUAGUGUGGAUUUUGUUCUUGAAAGCUUGGAAUGUUAGUGAGCACAAUGGAUGUGACAGUAAAGUUAAGGAGAGGAAAUAAUGCACUGGGCAAUUCAGGAUUUGUUGUGAUUAUUGCAGGAGAAAUGAAUGAAGUGCAGAUGAAAAUGAGAAGACACUGCAGGCAAGGCUUUUUUUUUUUUUCCUGUAAUAUGAAUACAAAUUAAUAUCAGUGGGAAUAAUCAUUGAUGUUUCAAAAAUUAACCUCAGAAACACAAAUAUUUCAAGAAAGAGAAAAUAAAAAAUCUCUGAGUAAAAGCCACUGAAAGAAGCUGGGAGUAUCAGAAGGACUAAAGGAUGCCAGUGGGAGAUGUUUGGGCUAGAAGAGAUGUAGGAGGAUCUGUAAGGCAGAUGAGCCCUAGUUGGAUGAGGCUGAGCUGAGCUGCCUCCAGGGAGCCCUCAGAAGUGUUUCAGAGCUUCUCGCUUCACAUUUCCUUUCAAUUUCUGUCUUCUGCAUCACUUAGUAAAGGAAUUUGGUGGUGCUUUUUGUUUCCUUUUGAAUAUUUGUAGCUGUUAGUAAAAUCAAGCAGGAUUUCUGUUAUUUCAGAAACUUCAAAGCAGUUUUAAUCUAGUGCAGCUUCAGAUCUAUAGUGGGCAGCAAACUGAUGCAUGUGGACUUGCACUGUGGAUGAGGGGUCUCUCUCACAUCCCUGGUCUUCGGGGCCAGUGACCACGUUUCUCUGCACCUCAUAACAGGAGAUGACCCUGGAGAUGAAUGAGAAAAAUGUGCAGUAGUAGUAUAGAAAAAAAUGUGAAUGAGAAUUCAGAUCGUUCUUCCAUGAACCCACAGUGUUGGGGAAGAAGGAAAAGGAAACCCCUUUUUCACUUCUACUUACUAGUUAGCACAGGUGUGGUACUGAGUGUCCCUUAUCCUCUUCCCUAAGUCCCUUGUGAUUUCCUUUCCCACAGACUGUUUUGGGCCAUGUAUCUCAUGCUUCAUCCUUCAAAGCUAUAACUGCUUCUGUAGUCCUGGCUGUUUGGAAAAGAUGCCUCCAGUGAGGGACAGCCUAGGGAUGGUAUCUCCUACAGCAGCCUUACAAGGCAGGGGAUGCCCUCACUGUGCCAGAGCUCCACAGUGUGUCUGUCCAUCCUGGGGCUCACCAGCUAUUCAGUGAGCAGCCAGCUGGGACCUGUGAAAUGUUUGGUGAGCACAGCCUGGUGCCAGGGAGGUGGCAGCCAGCUGAACGAUGAGAUGUUAGCAGUGACACUGGCAAUCAUGUAAUUUUACUGCUGCUCAUCCGCAGCCAUACCACCAAAGGACCCGAGCAAUAUCGAAACUCUCUGUACAAGCAGUGGAAAAAAGCCUAAGUUACGAUAAUUUGCUGUCAGUGGUGGGUUGCAAUAUUUAACAUAUUUAAUAUUUCCAGAAUAUUUAUUUUUCUGGAAACAGUGCUGGCACAUCUAGUGUGACAACAGCCUUAUGAUCAGGAGAGUGAUUGGAGUGGAUGAAAAGUCCCAGAUCUCUCAGCCUGUCAUUGCGGGAGAGGUGUUCCAGCCCUCUGAUCACCUUCAUGGCCCUGCUCUGGAUGCUCACAUGUCUGUGUGCCUUCACCAGGGGAGGGCUGGUUCAACACAGCAAUGAAAGUAGUUCUUGGCUCCUUAUGCACACAUCCAGGAUAACAGCACCCAUCUGGUCAUCCCUUCUGCUCCCUCCAUGAACUCACUGCUCCCCAGGAUAGCUGUGAGAACAGAAGCUCAAACCUCACUUCGAGGAGAUAGGCAGUCUCAGCACCUUUCUUUCCCAUUGCUCCUCACAGAGAGGAUUUUAUUUUCUCUGUGAACAAAGACAUCAAAACUGUGCAGCACCCGUUCACCUCCAGGCAAGUCGUUUCUCUGAAAGGAAAGCAGAGCUCGAGGAGGAGGACCUGAAGUUAUUAGUGACAAUUUCUUUGGAGCUACUGCUUGAACAAGCUGUACUCCACCCACUGCCUUUGCAGCCCAGCACCUUCCCAUUAUACAAUUAACUUCUCUCUUUGUUUGCUGAUGCCACCUCUUCAAAGGAGUAAGCAGAUAGAAAUUGCUGCAUCCUCUGGAUGCUGGUGCAGCAUCUGCAGCCUGCGCUGGGUGAGGGCAGCCCCAGCCCACCCCAAAUGCAAAGCAAGCUGCACUCUGUGCUCCCAGCAAGGCUGAGCAGCCUACGUCAAGUCCCGGGUUUGGAUAAAAGGAAAACGAUGAUCUCAGUAGCAGGGCUUCUUUUGCUGAAUUUGGCCCUGAGGUGCAGUUAUCAGCUCUGGAGGCAUCAAGCACUGUAAUUCUCAGCAAUGUGAGGUAAAAGCUGGUGGGAGAGCAGACACAAAAGUCUGUGAUAGCAACACUUCAUCUGUUCUGGUUGGUCAUGCUGAGCAGCUGGGUGUGAGGGGACCUGUGUCUGGCUCAGCUUUGUUUGCUGCUGUCAGAAGCAGAACUCUGCUUCAAUUCAAGAUGAUUUUCUGGAUAGUUUUGCUUCUCCUUCGGGGGUUGGUUCUUAUGUUUUUUUUUUUUUGUUUUUUGUUUUCUUAAUAAUAUGCCUUUCCCCACUAAAAUCAUAGACAAACCUGGCAAUAAGGGGAACUAGCAAUUCCACAUAAAUUUAAAAGCAGCACAAAGAAAUGCCCUUGUCUCCACAGCCCUGUUAGCAGGGAUGGAAGUGGAUGUGCAGUGACUGUGAACCCUGGGACAGAGAUGCUCUGAAGAGUCCCCACUGUGGAGGGUCAUUUUCCUGAGCAUUCUGCUGGGUGCUCCAGGGGGAGUAAGUGGGUGUAAGUGGGUGUGAGGGCUUCAGGAAGGCGCUCAGAGCACUGGCAGGCUGAGCUGGGAUUUGACUUCCCUGGACUGGAACCCUGCCACAGGAAGAACAGGCUAUUGGGAGAGAGGGGCUUUGUUUUCUACCAUCUCCCUCAGAAGUGACAGCCCAAAGUACACAAUGGUUUUAAAUAAUUUUCCUUGGUUUUGCAGACAUCCAGACGUGGGGUAGCGAGCCAGCAUUCACAGGCUGUCCCUGCAUGUCAUCUGCUUCGGCUGUGCUGGGAUCUCACUGAACCCAGCAGUCACCCUGAGUGUGGGAGCAUGAAAAGAGAAGAGGGAAAAUAGAACUGCGCUUGAUUUCAUUGAAAUUUGGAGCUGACAGAAGCUGAAACAAAGCAGAAAUAAUGCAGGCCAUUGUCUGUGAAGUGCAUGGAAAGCUGCUCUCCUUUACAGCAGACUUUAGGUCUGAGCGCAAAGCCAUUCAUGCUGUGAAGGUUGAAUCCUGGCAGAAGCAGUACUGCUCACUGCAAAUGAAGAGGAAUACAGCAUCCUCAGGACAUUAAAGCAAAUAUACAAGGAGUGGACAGGAACAAGCACUUAAAAAUGCACGCUGCUAAGACUGUGAUAACAGGAUCUGGGGAGAAAGGCUUCAUAACUAUCAGUUUUUGGCAUGUAGUUCUGUACUGUCUGGUAAUGAAGAUGAAUCAUAUCUUUUGAAACCCUUUCUUUAAAAUUAGCUUAAAUGAAGGUGCAGGAGUGAGUGUUCUUGACCCUGGGCACUUCUACAGAACGUACAGUGAAGGUGAUUGCUGAAUUAUGUGGCUGAUGUUUGUGAGAUGGGAAAAAGUCCCUGCAGACACAUGAAAGGUAUCCUGGAACUAAGGCGGGCAGUGAUGUGCCCGUGACAGCUGACCUCAUCCUGGCUGGGUGGAUUUGUGCCCUUACAGAGCAGAAGUGAAGAGGAAAAAGCUGCAGCAGCCCCCUGUAUGCUCACGCCCUGAAACAGCUGCACAUUGGGCUCAGUCCCAGUGACGGGACAUACAGCAAGAACACUCAUGGCAAAAGACAUUCUGAAUGGCCAGAGGUGUUAAGAAUUGCCAAGACAGUGCUGGGAUGCCGAGUCUACCAGAAAGGUGAAGCUGCCUUCGUCUCCAGCACAGCAUGAAACCCGACUGUUGACACUGCUCUGGCAGUGGCCCACCUGCUGGCCACAGGGCUCUGAGCUAGAGGAUGGCGCUGCUCUGUAGGUGGAUUCAUCUGGAGAGGAAGGGAAGAAGACAAAGGAUUCCUGCCCUUGCUGUUUCUGCCCUUCUGCUCCUGCUCUCCCACCCUGCCUCGGUGUCCAGCUGGCCAAGCUGCAUUAGAGUUACUGCGGACACCCAGCAGCAUCCUGGAACUUCUGCUCUCAUUUCCAUGUUGUAUUUCAGUUUUUAUGAUGUGCUCUGCAUCACAGGGGUAUCGUGAAGGAGACAGUGCCAGGCACAAAGCGGGGAGCUCACCCGAGGCAGAACACUUCAGAUAGUCUCUGUCUGCAGAAGCUCUAGAAGGCAGCAAAAGGAAGAUGCUGAAAUUUAGUAAAGAGGCUGCAGCCCACCAAGCUUUUGUGCUGGGUACACAGAAAGGAGGGGGGGGAAGACAGGAAAGAGGGAAGAUAAGGGCACAUCCAUCUCUCUGUAUUUUGCUGCUCUCCUAGAAUCUGUGGAUGCCAGAUACUCCAAUCACCUGUCUGUGGGGCUGCAAUCCAUCUCAGGGUGAGCUGGGAGGAGAUACACUAUUGGCUAUUUCAUAUGCAGUGUGUCAUCUGGCAGGCUGUAUAUAUAGUAAGGAAAGCAGGGACCACUCAGACUCUGAGCAAAGCUGCUUCCAGUGAAUAGCUCAGAGAUACUCUGUGGAUGGUAAGAAACGGGAAAGGCUUCCUUUGUAUUUUUUUGGUUCUGAUAAGCUCUGAAAACUGUUAGGAAAUGCAGUGCUGAUUGGUGAAGGACAGUGGAAUAGCAAUAAAGCAUUUUUUCAAGGAGAAGUUGUGGGAGAGACGAACAGUACCAGAAAGGAGAACUUCUCUAGGAUUUCCUCCUACAUACAGAGUGGAAGUGUUUGGGGAUAUUUCAGCAUCUGAAGCAGCUCCUGUAUACAGGAUGUAUGGGACUGAAAAAGAAGAGCAGUACCUGGAGAGUCCUGGAGCACAGCCGAUGCACAAUCAGCACAGGAAGAAGGACCCGUUUGUCAACUCCUUUAUGUGAUUUGCAACUGCAGGGCAUAUUUUUAUAGUGCAAGCAUGCAUGUUCCUCCCUGCAACCACUGACUGUAGCACCUGAGCUCCCAGGAAGAAGGGCAGAGAAACGUGCUGCUGGCCCCGGGGCAGCGCUUCCUGAGCCAUGAGCAGGCGCAUGUGGUUCCCUCUGCAGUACAUCUCCAAACCCUUCUGGAGAGCAGAGAAUCACACCAGCAGGAGCUUCCUCUCCACACGGUACAGCUUUCCGAAUCAGUCCUUCUUCCACAGUGAUUUGGACUUGGAAGACCUGGGGGACUUUGACAGUGGGACCAAAUAUGAGGGUGAAUCCCAGAGCAGGACGGUGCAGGCACUGCUGAUCAUAGCUUACUCAGUGAUCGUCUGCAUCUCCCUCUUUGGAAACACCCUGGUGUGCCACGUGGUGAUCAAGAACAAGAGGAUGCACUCUGCCACCAGCCUCUUCAUCGUCAACCUGGCCGUGGCUGAUGUGAUGAUCACUGUCCUCAACACCCCCUUCACACUGGUGCGGUUUGUAAGCAGUACGUGGGUCUUUGGAAAGCUGAUGUGUCACAUCAGCCGGUUUGUGCAGUACUGCUCUGUCCAUGUGUCCGUACUGACCCUCGCUGCCAUCGCUCUGGAUCGUCACCAGGUUAUCAUGCACCCCCUCAAGCCACGUAUGUCCAUGGUGAAAGGAGGGAUUUGCAUCAUUAUCAUCUGGGUUAUGGCCAGCUGCUUCUCCCUGCCUCAUGCCAUCUAUCAGACCCUGACAAGAUUUUAUAUUGGGAACAGAACAAUACGAACGGUUUGCCUCCCCAGCUUCCCUCCUCCCGCUGACCUUUUCUGGAAGUAUUUGGACUUGACUACAUUUGUUCUCUUGUAUGUUUUGCCCUUGCUUGUCAUCUCCAUUACCUAUACCAUGGUGGCUAAGAAGCUCUGGCUGAGAAAUGCCAUUGGGGACAUCACCAUGGAGCAGUACUAUGCCCAUCAGAGGAAGAAGAAGAUGACACUGAAGAUGCUGAUGGUGGUGGUGAUUGUGUUUGCAGUGUGCUGGUUCCCUCUGAACUGCUACGUGGUGCUGAUCUCCUACAGAGCCAUCCACAGCAGCAAUGCUCUGUACUUCGCUUUCCACUGGUUUGCCAUGAGCAGUACUUGCUACAAUCCCUUCAUUUACUGUUGGCUGAAUGAGAACUUCAGGUCUGAGCUGAAGUCCCUGCUGUGUGUGUGCCGGCGGAGGAGCGCAGCCCAGAGCCAUGCCCUGCAGUCCAUUUCCCCUCCAUUCAGGCCAGCCUGGCUUGAGAGCUGCCGGCACAAGAGAGGCAGCACCUGCCAGAAAACAGCACCAUCCCAAAGGAAUUCUACCAAGACAGACAUAUCCAGCGUUCAGCCAAUUGUGGCAGAACACUAACCCCAGUCUGAUGGCUGGGCAGCAUACAGUCUGUCCCAGCUGGGGGAAUUAAGAUGUUGGUCAGCAGUGAUAACGGUGUGGCAGCAGCUCAGCAGGAUGCUGCACUUUGAAUGGGUAAAGCCUGCACUAUAAUGCUAAGAUAAACAGUUUUUAAAAUCUGAAGCUGAAAAAGUUGGCACAGGGUUUGUUUGUAAACCUUCAUGCCCUCCCCCUAGGUAAUAAGGCAUCUGAUAACAUGCCUACUGUGUAACCUGACUAAGAAUCCUCACAAGCAGAAGCCUCACCAACUUCAGGCAGUGCUGUGCUCAGGGCUGUGUGGCUCCGUGCCUGGCCCUGGGAUCACAGGUGCCCUCACCUCCAGGUGCCAACUGAGCCACAUAGCAGUGUUAUCCCAUUGGGAGCUGCCAGACCUGGCCUGUUAAUUUGGUUCAUUUUCAGCACUGACACAGCACCUGCACCCCAACAUGGACCCCAGGCCUUUAUUUUGAGGAACAGAGGGAUGCGCAGGGAGGCGUAAGUAUGUAAGCACCGGGGGUGGGGAGAGGUGUUCACCCCUGCAGGGCGAUUCUCACUUUAACUGUGAAAAAAAGAGAUCUGUAGGUUCACUGCAGAGGUCAGCUUCCUCUCCUGCACGCUGCUGUGAACCUGUUGGGCUGGUAACCUGAAUUCAGGCUCAGCUUUGGAUUGCUGCUAUUGCUAAGUGAUCCAGUGCUAAUUGUGCAGGAGAUGAGUUUGCUACUGGAGUAAUGGUGAGCUGAUUGGGUAACUGUGAAGCCGGUAAAACUACCGGUGACCUUCCUUCAUUGUACGUUUUGUUCAUUUUUUGAAUUCUUGGUCACUGACGCACACCUGAGAAUUGCUCCCUGAUCUUAUCCUAUUUCCUAUACAAGCGAGGCCAAUCUGUCACAAAGCCAUUGUUGGCACAGAUGUCAGUGUCUGGUAAGGUGAGAGUGAAUCCAAUGCUUUACAUGACAAAGUGAGAACCCAUUAUUUUUUUCUGAGAAAAAGAUUAUUUGGCUUUAUGGAAUGGAAAAUCGCCCUCUGCAGUGUCUGUGCUGGCUCUUAAUCUUUCCCUUUUUCUCUUUUAUUUUUAAUAUUAUCUUGCUGAGAAGUGGUCCAAGGGUAAACGGGUUUUCUGUGAUUUACCCCAGAAUGUUUUGAUGAGGAAUAGAGCAGAUGUUUCAAGUGGGAAAAACUGUUUGCCCAGUGCAGGUAGCUGCCAAUUCAAACGUCACAGAAUGGUCUGUGGCUGCAGGGAACUUUUGUAUGUUUUGCUAAUGCAAAUCUCACUUUGCACCUUAUUCCCCAAGGGAAGUAUUACAUAAAUGAGGAUGACAAUGAAGCAGGUCUCAUCCACAUAAAAGCUUCCAUAAAACCCAGAGCUGAGAUACUAAGAGUUAAUGAGUGCUUCUGAACCACAGCCACUGAGAAGCCCAACAGCUAGCAUCACUAAACAGCGACAACAAGCUUCAGAGUGUUCCCAGAGACACUCCUAUGCGAUUACUGGAAGAGGGUUAGCACAAAGGAGAUCGCCUAAUAUCAGAUCAACAUCUUUGUAAGUGUUUAAACAGGUCUGCAGUGAUCGAAGGACUUUUGUCUCCCAUUCUAAAAGCAUCUCAAGAAGCAAUUUUCUCACCCUUUCAUUGAAAAUAGAGUGAGAAGUGAACUCUCCUCCUUUUUACAGUGCUUUUGUUUCACGCCCACUUCCCUCCUGCUUUGAUGGGCUGGUAGGAAAUGACCCGGAUGGGGACGGGAAGGCUCAUCCAGGCAGGAUGAACUAGGCUCAGCUCUCCGUGUAACUUGUGCUACUGACCUCACCUCAGCGCGUGUUGGAACUGCUUCCGGCACUAUUAUCCUUUAAUGCAAAAUCCAAAGAUACAUGUGGUCCUGAGAACCAAAACCCAAUUACAGAGUAUACUGACAGUCAAAGCCCUUCGUGUAGCACUGUGCACACGACCUAAAUACUGUUUCCAGUUACCACUGGAUGCGGUUAGUGUAACAUUUGCUGCAGCCCAGAAAGAACUUCUGCGGGUGCUCUGCAACACUCCCAGGUCUGGCAGUGACCAAAGCACUUCCUUCGGGUCAGUGCCCCCUGUAAGGACCAUUUUCCCCCAUCGACAUUUCAAAUACCUCCUGAUGAGCGCAGAAAGUGUGGCUUAUGCAGCUGCUAUGGCUUUAUCCUGCAUUAUCAUUUCAGGUGAUGAGGACCGGUGGUUGCUGCCUCCUGAUGGGUUCUGAGCAGCCCAAGCACCCACCCUGGCCCGUGGUCUGUCUAGCAGCUUGUCAAAACCUGCCUAGACCUGAAAGCGUGGAGCCUGGCAGCAGAUGGAAGUAAUGCGGCUCAUCCCAUUUUACAUCUCUAAAAUUAGGUGUUGGUCUAGGCUGUAUCAUUUCCUGCCUUAGUCAGUACAGAUAGUGAAGUGGGCUCCCCAUCAGCACCUGCUUUCUUGCUUUAUGGUGGGAGACAAUGGCUCACAUUGUGCAAGGUUGGGUAUUAGGAAACAUUCAUUCUCUGAAAGAGUGGUGAGGCACAGGAACAGACUGCCCAGGGAGUGGUGGAGUCACUGCCCCUGGGGGUGUUCCAGAAUUGUGGAGAUGUGCAACUGGGGACGUGGUCAGUGGGCACGGUGGGGAUGGAUUUGGCUUGGUGGUCUGAGAGGGCUUUUCCAGCCUUAAUGGUUCUGUGAUUCCAUGAUUCUUCUGCUCUUUCUCAGCCAACAGGAGAAGGAGGAGCUGCCUUGGAGCUGGCAGGGCUCAGUAUUGCUCUGCUGCGAGCACUGCUGCCUAAAUUCAAACUCCAGCUCAUCUGGUCAAUCCCAGUGCCCUGCUUUGUGAGCUACCUUGUUGAAAGAGUUGUACACAGAAUCAACAUAUUUUCUCUUAUCAGGACGAGGUAUUAGUUGUCCGUCCUCUUGUUUUUCACGGAAGGAAAAGGGCAGGAGCAGAGCAAAGUACACCGUGGAAAUCCACGCGCUUCAGGCGCUGCGGGGAGCGGCGGGACGACGCCGCGCCUGGCCGCCAGGGGGCGCCACCACACCACACUGACGCGCUCGGCCGCUAGAGGGCGCUGUGACACAGCGUUCUCGGCUGGGCGCGCCCGGCUCCGCACCGCACUUCCCACAUAGCGGCGGCGCUCCGCGCGCUCCCCUCCCACGGGCGCAGCGCCGCGCAGCCCCGACCCGCGGCACGUGGGUGCGGUCAGUUCGGGCUGCUGUGAACGGGAAGGAAUGAGGCUGUCGUGCACUCAGACAUCUCUUUACAGCGCCGCUUUUUCUGUAACUCUGUAAUAGGAUGAGUGAAGGACUUCUCCGAGAAUUUGUAAAAUCACGUCGGGAUGUGGUUAGACGUCAGAAAUACGGCGUGAGCUCGGACGCCGUGUCCGUGUCCGUGCUGUGCUCGGCUCCGAUCGCUCCUUCACGCCAGGGCUGUGGCUCUGCAGCGCUGCCCGCUGCCCUGGAACUGAUCCGCGGGGCUUCAGACAUAAUGCGUGCGUGAGGAGUUCUGUGUCGAAGUUAAAAGGACGCAUUAAAAUAAAUAAGAUAAGGUAUCCUGACUGCGAGCUCCUAAUGCAGCCCAGGCAGAUAACUACAGUGGAACGCGAGUUCUCAGCAGUGAUAGCGCAGGUCAGCAAAGGAAGUGAAGCAAUUAUGCUCCAAAUACUUUGCUGAUGGAUCUCAGCGAGCUGGGCCGGCAGGCAGACUUCGGCAGAGCCUUUUGUGCUCCCGACCAUAGAAAACAAUCAAUAGAGAAGCUUAACUUCCUGGGCCUGCGCUGAAUGCUAAGUUAGCAAAAGAGUACCUCAUUAUUGUACUACUUUUUACAAGGAAACAGUGGGCAGAGGAAAUGUGACUCAGUGCAAACACUGGGAUAAAAAGGUACUGUGCAAAUGAACAAACAAACCACUUGCAAGCAAGCUCCGCUGAGCGCCACUGUCACAUUCUUUUUGAGUCUCAGGGCAUUUUAGGAGCCGUUCGUUAUUCUAAAAAUACAGCUAAAAAUAGACCUGACGUCUCAAUUGCGGUGCUCAGCUAAAGCUCAGAGCCAAAGAACACUGAUUCAUUGAGUCCAAUCCUUUGGGCCCUUCCAGAAAACCACAAGGUAGGUGACAAAGUUCCAGUGAAGUUGAUCCAAACGUUGACAACAUCGGCCUUUGUCCUCCAGCAGUGCCUCUCCUUUCCAGAUUAUGACUAUUUGCUAGUUAGAAUAUUGCAACUAAAUAUACACAAAAGCCAGAGAUUGCAAAACAGUCGCCCUGGGGAUGUUAAAACAAACAGAAAUCCCACAUGUAUUUUUCCUCUUUCAGUGUCUGCCAAAGUCUGAUUGCUGCUCUGAAGGCUGCUUUGUGCCAUCUUUUUUCUCCAUUUCUUCUCAUGAAUGGACUUCUGUCCACUCUUCUUCUAUGUCCUCCACCUCAGGCUUAACAUCGUAAGACUCCGUGUUUUUCAUGUGGAAAGCCCAAGGUGUGCAAGGUUUGCCUCCCUCAGCUCACUGUCAGAGGAAAGGAUGCUGAGCACAUGUGCAGAAGGGAUCAGAACAGAGACAUGGCCUUUGUCUGCUGGGAACCAUUGAAAAAAAAAGGGGUAACUAAAGAAAAUUCUGUGGAGGAAUGGAAAGUAGAGCAAUGACUCUCAUCAGAGGAGGGGAUGGGUGAUGCUGCAGGCUGGAGGCUGGGCUGCCUUGAGAGAAGCAGAAUGAAGGGCACAAACCUUACCCUUACCCUUACCCUGCUUCCCCUACCACGUCCAUCAAAGCCCCAUUUUCCCUUGUUUUAGCAGCUGACAGUCAAGGACAUAAACUUUGUCUCUUUUGAGUUAAUGCAGUGGUAAAACUCCUGUGAAGGAGCACAGCAAAAAUCACAUCCACAGCUCACUAAAACCUACACACCCUCAAUAUUGAGAGCAACUGCUUCAUGUUUGCAGAAGUUCUGGGAGUGCUUGAAGUGCUGAAUGCUGCUGUUCUGUGCUGCUGCUGUUCUGUGCCAUUCACUCUUCCGUCCCCUCCCACAGAUGUGCUGUCUGUCUCAGUGUGUCACUGUACUGACAGGCAGACAGGAGCAGUGCAGUGCCCAGCAGCACAGCUGCUCUGCGUUUGCAGCCUGGGGCCACAUCUCGCCCUUCACCUGUUGGGCUCCUUUGUUACAUCAGUACAAGAGAGAAAGUUUCAGCAUUUCAUGAGGCACAAAAAUCCUUACAGCUUUCAGAUGAAAUGUAAUGAAAGAACAAAGCACACAAUUCUCAUUAUAUAUUUCAUUUUUAUUUUCCUCUCCUUCGUCGUUUCUAUCUGAAAGGAAAAAAAAUAAUUCAUGGGAUGCUUUUAAAAAUACUUAGAGCUUGCCCUCACAGUGUUGGUACUCAGUCAUGAAUGGAGAGAGAGGAAAGUCAUGGAAAAGCUGGAAGUUGAUAAAUUCAGAAGUACUGGCCAAACAAGAUUGCUCCGAGCCACUCAACCCGGCUGCUCUGCUUGUGCAGAGUGGUGCUUCAGGGCACAGGGGCUGAAGGCAGCCUUCCUUUAUGUUCCUUUAUGGGAAGGAACAGUUCUGCCAACAUCCCAGAACUGUCCUUUCACCUCCUCAAAGCAGGACCCAAGUGGGAGGUGCUGGCCGUGCCCAGGGCUGGCUGUGCUGUGUUCCUCUGGUGCCCAAAGCUGUGCAAAGCUUGGGGGGUGUGGAUGCCACCUUUCCCCCUUUGCUUUGCAUUGCGUUGCUGAGGAUGUGGGGAACCAAAGCUGGAGCAGGAGGGAUGUGGAUGCUGCUGCAGGAGGGGAGGCUGCCAUUGGUGCAGCAGCUGCUCAUGCCCAGAGGGGACACUCACCUGUUUGUGUCAGAGCAGGUGAGGCGGUGUCUGGUUAAUUGAGGUGCAUUACUUUAAAAAAUGAGGGCUUCUAUUGUCCCAAACUCAAAAUGUGCACCGAGGUUAACAACAUGCUGGCAGCAAACUGAGGCUGUGGAUGCUGCUAAAUGAGGUGAGGAAAGGAAUCGAAGCCCGUUGAUGAUCAGGUGUGUCUUUGCUAACCUAAACCACUCUAUGACUCUGAUGGCUGCCAGCUGAGAUGGUGGCAGUCCUCUCCAGGUGCAGCUGCAUGCACCCCAGCAAGCUGCAUGGUGUUACCACUCAGUCACCCAGAGCUCAUUUCCAUGAGCCCCCACCUCCCAUAGCUCCCCAGCACCUGCUCUGUUCUCAGCAGGUGGCAGAGCUGCUACGCUCUGCCUGCAGGGAACGGGAGGUUGUUUAUGCAGCAAUUUCUUCUGUCCCAUUCUUUUGUGCCUCUCUUCUGAUGUCCUCAGUUGGUUCUCCUGCCCUGCAGGAAGACUGAUAAUGAUGGGCUUGCUUUAGGAAGCUCCAAAGAGUGGAUGUUGGACCAUGUUCCUGGGGGUUUUGUUGUGAGAGAUAUCAAGAGGAAUUUGGGGGAAGCAUCCUGUAUUUGGGGAGAGUCAGGAACUGUGUGCUGUUAGCCUGGGUCCAGCUGCUAGCUGAAGUUUGAGGCUCUUUGCUGUGCCCUGUGCCUCCAGCCGCAGCUUCAGGUGCUCUGGGAUCCCCUUCUUGUGGCUGGAGCUGAGCUCUGCUUUGCUUGCUGUCCCAAGGGGAGAUGGCUCAGCCUGCACAGCUCACGGCUUAGACUGAAAGUUGAAGGGGUAUUUUUACUUCAGCUGUGGUUUCUCUUUUAACAGAAGAGGAGCAAAGCUCAGCUUUGCCCCAGGAUGUCUGUUUCUUCCUGGAAGGAUUUUAAUGUUUUACUCUCUGCAGUUUUGCAGUCUGACUGUUGACAUGGUCACUACUGCAACUAAGUAUGAUUUUCCCCUUCCUUAAUUUGCCAAAACUCUACUGGGCUUUAACAGCAGCUCCUGAAGCAAGGUACCUAGCAACACGUGCUGCCUUCUGUCCUCACUCUAGGAAACUCACACUGUGAAGUACUCAGCUCUGCAGGAAUUACUCUGUAUGUAUAAAUGUCAGUUCCAUUUUCUUCAUGGCCCAACAUUUCUUAAAUGAAAGGAACCUCCUUCUUCCUUCCUGGUCUAUUAAAACAUUUUUCCCUCCUAGUUAUCACAGCCUCUUUGUGACUACCUGAGGAGAUAGCCCCAGUACCUCUCCAGCUGAGGCAAUGCAGGGCAUGGUGUUCACCUUUCACGUGGAGCCCUGCUAUUUUUAUAUUAGAGCAUCCUGGACCCAGGUUUACUUUUCCCUUCUUAAUGUAUUUUGUUCAUUUACAGAUGUAGUGGCAAUGCUGAGUCAUGGCCUGAAGCAGUGAUGGAGCACCUGGGGGGGAAGGCAGGGCCAGCCCAGGGGAGCUCAGGUGCACACAGUGUAGCUGAGUGAUGGAAGGGGUGGAGCCAGGAUCCACC